UCCAGUAUUAGCAAUGAAAGGGUGGGGUGAUCUGGAGAACGAUCAGAGAGAGUGUCUGAUACCUCCACAGUGUGAGGAACUGAGGAAGAAGAGAACAGACUUCCCACACACACUCAUAUACACUCGGACCGCGGUUCGGGAGCAGAGAUGGUGGCGGAGGAGAUCCUGGUCUGUCUCUCAGGAGGAGCUCCAUGGGGGUUCAGGCUGCAAGGAGGAGCGGAGCAGCAAAAGCCUCUACAGGUGGCAAAGGUACGCAAGCGCAGCAAAGCCUGCCGAGCCGGACUGAAGGAGCAAGACGAGCUGAUUGCCAUUGGUGACCAGAUGUGUGCAGAUCUCACACAUGCUCAGGCCAUGAGCCUAGUAGAUAAAGAGACUUCCACACUGACCCUAAAAGUUAGAAGGAACCUCUCUGGAUUUUUCUCUCUACCUUGUUCUGCUCGCUCCAUUUCACCUCAAUCGUCCAUGAGGGUUCUGUCUUCUCCUGCCACCCUCCUGAACAACAGUUCCUCCUUUCUCUCGCCCACUGAGUUAUCCAGAGGCAUUACUUCCCCCCCCGACAGCGAGGCGUACUACGGUGAAACAGACAGCGACGCAGACACACAUUCACAAACGCACCGACGACGCCAACGGCGAACAUCUCCUCAUGCUCGCUCACCUUCGCGUUACGACAAUCAAGAAGAGGAGACUUCUGAGAUGAGCGGGUAUGAAAGUGCUACAGACGCAGGAGUUACGACCCAGUGGCAUGCUCAGGGUCUCACCAGCGUGCCUCGCAGAGACUUUAUCUACCUGCCCGACCCAGAGGAGAGAUACACAUCCGCUCACACCCUGACCCCUCGCACCCUCACCCCGACCCCUGAUCAGGGCCCGGUGGACGCAGAGGGAGAGGGGGACAGCGGCUUCCAGGAGACAGGGGGCUACAUUACACCAGCCUGCCCUCCUUUGGUGUCUCCUGAACGGGCCAAAGAAGCCUUGAAGUUGGGCUCCGGUCAUCAUCUGGUGCCCAUGGUGGGACCGCAGCUCAGCCCGGUGAACGACGAACUCUCCACCAGCUACAUGGACAAAGCUAGACAGGCCAAGUUGCAGCGCGGAGAGAGCGUGGUGGAGAAACAGGUGAAAGAAGCCCGCACUAAAUGCCGCUCUAUUGCAUCUUUGCUGACUGAUGCUCCCAACCCCAAUUCGAAAGGGGUUCUUAUGUUCAAGAAACGGCGGCAAAGAGCCAAGAAAUACACACUGACCUGCUUUGGGAAGGCUGAAGGAGUCAGAGGAGGUGAAACAGAAGGGGAAACAGGAGGGGAGACAGAAGAGGAAGGAGGAGGAAGCUCAGUUUUAAGUGGCUCUGAGGUUGAGGAAGAAGGAUUGUCUGCGUCUUUUGACCCUACGUGGGAUUCAGGUUAUCUUGACCUGCUAGACAGGAGAAGCUCUGCCUGCCCGUCAACCACACCAACUACCCCGACAACACCAAGCGCCAACCACAGCGCAGAGGUGGACCACUCAGCUCAUCUAACACCAGGACGUUUACCUUUUGUAAAUCAAAGCUUAGGGUUGGACAUCUCAAGUUUGGAGAGUUCAGGCAGCGACAGCUUCACAAAACAACCCAUCAGUAACCAAAUGUCUCCUCCAGCUGUGGCUUUGACCAACGGGGGUUCAGUUUCCGUAAGCCAGGCGAGUGUCGUUCUGAGCCCACCCUCGGAGACACCCAUACAAAGUCAAAAUGGGCUCCACAAUAACUCUAAUAACACAGCCCACUCUGAUUUUGGUCCAAGCCCCAGCAUGGACUCAAUCAGUAACUCCAGUUUUAAUCCUAAUCCCGGCUUUCUGAACCGCACUGCACGGCCCUUCACCCCAGGCUCAACCCCAAAUCGUGCGUCUGUGACCUCUGUGAUGUUUCGACCUCCCCAGCCCAAACCCACACCGCUAACUAUGGCUCCCAAGUCUGUUUCAGCAGUGUCCACCAUGACAAUCCCACCAACCCAACCUCCUCCAGGGCCAGAUGCAAGAAGAGCUGUGUCCAGCACCUCUCUCUACAUCCCUCCAAGAAAUAACAACAGUAACUCUUCCCCUUCGCUAUAUUCUCCUCCGUCAGCUCUUUCUUCGUCUUUCUCUCAGCCUCCUUCAACAUUUUCCUCUCUUCCUGCAGAACAUGCUCCUUCCUCAACCCCAUUUUCACCGUCUACAGAUCAGUUUUCUCCGAUACACCCAUCAAUUGCUAAACCUUACCUUUGUUCUCCUGCUCCUACUAAUCCACCUCCACACAUCUCGUCUCUGAAUACAUCUUCUGAGUUAGCUAAGGACUCAUUCCCUGCACCUCCUCUCCCUCAGCCAUCUCCAUCUCCGUCUGUCCACCCAAUAAUCAAUGUAACCGAUGCAGCUUCCCCAACAGGGCCUCCCCAAGCACCUGUCAAUGACUCAAUGGCCACAAGAGAGCAACGCAUUUCCGUCCCAGCCACUCGCACCGGCAUUCUUCAUGAUGCACGCCGUCGUAGCAACAAGAAGCCAAUGUUCAGCGCUCUGCAAAGCAAAGAUGUUUCUCCAAACCCAGACUUGCUGUCGAUGGUGCAGAACAUGGAUGAUCGUUGCGUGGGAAGAAGCCCAAAUGGUGAGUCUGGACUAGCGCAGAGUGGGGAAGCGGGUCAUGAGUCAGGGCCUGAGGAGGACUGGCUGAGACUUGGUGCAGAAGCUUGUAACUUCAUGCAGGCGCAGCGAGGACCAAAGCCCCCUGCUGUGGCUCCUAAACCACAGACCCCCCAGGUUUUGCAGCUUGCUGGAAAAGGAGGUCAGCUCUUUGCCCGCAGACAGAACAGGAUGGAUCGGUAUGUUGUUGAGCGUUCUCCAUCUGUUGCUGCUGCACCUUACUCUCCUGCUCAGACCAGGGAGCCUUCACCCACACCUUCCCUUCCUGCCGCAUGGAAGUACUCACCUAAUAUUCGCGCCCCACCUCCGAUCAACUACAACCCCCUACUGUCUCCGUCCUGCCCUCCGAAGGUCCAAAGGAAACCCGAGGUAGCAAAGUUAGGGACAAACAGACCCAAAGGGCACAAGGCAGGCAUCAAACCUAUUGACAUAAUGAGUCACCAGCCAUACCAGCUUAACUCCUCCCUGUUCAGCUAUGGAGGUGGAGUUCCCCAGGAUCCUUCCAAUGCUAAUCAGCAGAGAGGUGGUCCUCAAAAGACAGCGCGGGUCUACGAGGUAAAGAGGUUCUCAACACCCCCGCCCACUGCCACAGGACCCACACCAAAAGUUAUUGUACCUCGAUCAGCCACAACACUUGGAGAACCACUAAGGUACUCUGAUGAGUUUACCCCUCCCACUGCUGGAGCAAUGCCCCAUGAACCCCACCAGACUCCACCACAGCCUUUUCAGCCUCAGUGGGCCUCCUCCCCUUUGCCUCCUGCCCCCACUGCUCCUCUUCCUCAGCUCCCAACCUUCUCCUCACCUCUGGUUUCAAUCCCACCUCCGCAGGCCAACAGGAGUUUCAAGAGCGCCCCAGAUCUAAGUCCUAUGAGUCCCAGUAAUGCCUCUUACCAGUCACCCAGUGGCUCCCAGCCUCCUAGGGUCCCCAAGCCUCGGUUCAGCACUUCUAACUUGGGCCUGCAACCUUGCAUAUGGCGGCCUGGAUCCACCACACACCAAACAGAUCCUCAUCUGGACAUGAGAAAUAAAAACUGUGGGGAAAUGGCGAAAUAAUUUAAAAUCUGGAAUCUGGAAUCACAGCAUCUGUUUGCUCUGAAUUCACAUGUAUCACAUUUAAUUAAUUACCCAGUUCAUGUUUGACUCUUCUGGUGAAAAUUAAUUUAACGGUGACCUAUUAUGCUUCCUUGAACAGGUUACAAGACAUGUUCAUUACAUAAAAUCAUUCUUAUAUAUGAGAACGAACCGUCUUUUGAAAAGGUUUGUUUUCCAGAUACCAAAAAAUUAUUUAUUUUUGUCCAGAAAUUGGCUGGGUGGAUUUUUUAAGCACUUGGACUGUUUUUAGAAACGGAAGUGCAAAACCAUACAGAAUGUGAAUUUUGCAUAAUAGGUUCCCUUUAAAAAACAAACACUGCUCAACAAUAGAAAUCAUUGAUGUUUGUUAGAGAAAUCUGAAGCAAAGUUUUAUAAAUAACAUGCAGAAUGAUUUGAGUUUAAUGACUAAAAAAGUGUAAUAGAGGAUGUGUAAUGGUGGGUAUGAUUUAAGAGAGAGGUGGCAGAAAAAGGGAAAUGAUGUACAGAAAGCAGAGAUAAGAAAUGUUCCAAAAAUUCUGAUUGGUUGCUUACCUUCACAAUCUUCAACAUCCAACCUGUUGCUAUCACACAAUAGCACAUUUAAAUAAAUUCUCGUAUAGUCAAUAUUAAAUAUUAUAGAUAGCUUAAAGUAUAUAAGUUGGAUCCUUGAUCUUUGUGUGCUUUGUUGUAGCGGAAAGCCUCUUGCUGCACUUGGUUGUUGAUAUAGAACAUGAAAUACAGUAUAUAAGUACAACAUGUCUGUUUAGCUGUGAUUCUUUUUCACAGAAACAUGAGGUUGAAUAAAAAUAGACAUGACUCACCUCA